AUGGAGGCCACCGUGGUGUGCGUGGACAACAGCGAGUUCACACGGAACGGCGACUACGCGCCCACCCGCUUCCAGGCGCAGGCUGAUGCAGUCAACCUGCUGGCGGGCGCCAAGACGCAGCACCACCCGGAGAACACCGUGGGGGUGCUGACCAUGGCGGGCAAGACGCCACAGGUGCUGGUCACGCCCACCCCCGAUCUGGGCAAGGUGCUCAACGCGAUGCAGGAGAUGAAGAUUGAGGGCGACGUCAACCUGGCCACAUCGGUGCAGAUUGCGCAGCUGGCGCUGAAGCACCGCCAGAACAAGAACCAGCGGCAGCGCAUCGUCAUCUUCGUGGGCAGCCCCAUCGCAGAGGACAAGGAUGCGUUGGUCAAGAUUGCCAAGAAGCUGAAGAAGAACAACGUGGCGGUGGACGUGGUGAGCUUCGGGUCGGAGGAGGCCAACGGCGAGAAGCUGGAGGCAUUCCACGCCGCCGUCAACAGCAACGACAACAGCCACCUGGUCACCGUGCCGCCCGGCACCAUCCUGUCCGACAUGCUGUUUGGCACGCCCAUCUUCAUGGAGGAGGGCGCGGGCGGCGGCGGCGGCGGCGGCGGCGAGGAGGGCGCCGCCCCGGCGCCUCGGAGCAAUGUGGUCGACGGCUUUGACUAUGGCGAGCUGGGUGUGGACCCCACCCUGGAUCCAGAGCUGGCGCUGGCGCUGCGGGUUUCCAUGGAGGAGGAGCGUGCCCGGCAGGCAGCUGCUUCAGCCGCGGCACAGCAGGCGGGUGGCGAGGCCGCGCCUGCAGCAGAGGGCGCAGCAGCAGAGGCGGCACCCGGUGGCGCAGAUGGAGGUGGAGAGGGCGCGGAGGGCAUGGCCAUUGAUGCCAUGGAUGAGGAUGCCCUGCUGCAGCAGGCACUGGCGCUGUCGAUGCAGGUGGACCAGGCCACCCCGGCACCCGCUGCAGCCCCUGCUGCCACUCCUGCGGCGCCCAGCAAAGCGGCGGCCGAGGCGGGCAGCAGCGCCGAGGCAGACGCAACGCCUGCGCCUGGCAGCGGCGAGGAUGCUGCGAUGCCGGACUUGGUUGACGAUCCGGAGCUGGCACUGGCACUGCAGAUGUCCCUAGCAGAGGCACAGCAGGCGCCAGAGGAGGAGGACAAGAAGGAGUGA